AAUAAUAAAUAUUAAAAAACAAAAUUGUUAUAUGUCAAUACUGAUAAAAAGAGUGGAUACUUUAAUUUUUAUAAUGCAAUUAUUUUCUGGUUUGUAAAAAUAUUAUUUUUAGUUUAAAUGUGCUGAAUAAGUGUUGAAUGAGCCGUAUGUCAACACAAUUACUUCAAUACUUUACAUAUUCUGAUAUUCUAUAGAAAAAUAACAAAUGAAAGAUAUCAUUAUUUCGUUAUUGGAAUAAAAAGGGGUUCUUCAUCAUGCCUUGUUUGACGCAACAAUUAUCUAUUGUUUUUUUCAAUUCGUCAGAAGUAUAUAAACGACUAGUGUAUAUCGAGUUACAUACUUGUAGUAGAAGGUUCGAAAUCAAGAAAUUACAUUUAUUAAAAGGAAUACUUUUAAUAAAACUUAUAUUAAUAUCAAAGUGCAUCUAUAAUGAUGAAGUACUUAAUAAACUCUUUGCAAAGAAUGCAAGUAAGUAGUGCAGCGAAUAAUCGUAAGUGGGAAAACUUCGUAAAAAAAAUAGUUAAGCUUGAAUUUUGAUUUUAAGAGUCAAUUGAAUUUACUUAUGUUUUGCCUCAGUGGAACUAAGAUUUUUAAAUAUUUACUAAGAAAAACAAAGUUUGAAAAAAUUAAGUCUUUUCUAAGAAAUAUUAUUUAAGAAAUCUUGCAGACGGACGAAAAGCCAAACAGAUCGACAAUAUAAAAUAAUAAAGUAGUUUGCUAUGCUGCACUACUUAAUAUAUUUAAAUAUUAACUUUAUUAAAUAUAUCAUACACUUUCUACUGCACUUACAUUAAGAUUAUAAUUUAAUAAAAAACAAAUAUUAUACACAUAAUAAGAUAAUAGAAUUUCUUAAUUUAUAGAUACAUAUUUCCGUUACAAAAAUGUAAUUAAUAUUCAAAAGCCGUUUAUGAUAACAUAGGUAUUAUAUACUGUUCUGUAACUAUGUAAUUUUUUAUUAUAAUAAUUGUUUGUAUUGUUCGUAUCAAACAAUUAUAAACAACAAUUUAAAUAACAAAAAAUAUUUUUUAACUACUAAAAUAGAUGUAAAUUCUAAUAAAUAUUUUACGCUAUUUUUAUAUCACUAGCAAUUCUAAUGUACCGAAUAUUGGCUCGUACGCUAACAAUUACUUUAUUAGUUUAUAUACGCGUACGCCUCAACCAUAAUACAUGCUGAUUGAAGAAAGCCAUUUCACUUCAUAGAUAACAAAUUAUUUCUGAGUCGUGUUUCGCAACUCAAUGCAACAACUGUUUCGCAAUGCCCUUAAAAAUUUGCCAGUUGUAAAUAUAUCACAGUGCAUGUCAAUUUACAUAUUUGUGAUGAGAAGACGAAAUUAAAGAGAUUAUUACAAAAAAACGAUAAUUUGUUUACGAUAACAUGUGUAUUAAUGUUAAGUGCAUCAAUAAUGAUAAAAUGAUUAACAAACAUUAGAACUAUACAUAUACAUCCAUUAAUAACAAGUAAAGUUGUUGUUUUCCAAUAAAAUUCUAUUAUCAUGUUUACUUAUUGUAGAAACUGCAAGCAGUCAAGUGAUAAAAAACGGCUAUUCCACGCCACGGACUUUCAAUCACUGAUGUAUGUCAACUUUACUAUCUGCGAAAUUCUCGGAGUAUUUCCAUACAAGAUCAAGGGUUCAACUUUCGAUACUUCAAAAUUACAAUACGUUCUAUUCACUAUCGUUACCUGUGCUGCCUGUUUUUAUGAACUGAUGAUGUUCUAUAUACUCAACCUCUCCGGAAGAGUCAAGCUUGAAGUGCCUAGAAUUAUUUCAUACAACUUUCACUUUGUACUUGGAGCAUUUGCAAUGAUUGUUUUGUAUGUUUCAAGCGGUCCAAGAAUGCGUUUACUCCAGAAUAUGCAAGAAAUUUCUUCAAAAUUACCCCCAAAGUCAUAUCAAAAGCUUUCUAAAUUAAUCCAUGCAAAAGACAUCGUCACAAUGUUUUUUUUGUUGUGGCCACUAAUGGUGGUGAUAGUUUACAAAAGAGAGAUGGUCAUUGAUACUUCACUCGAGCCGCUAAGAUUAUAUAUCGCCAUAAUAGUAUUUCAAAUGGAUAUGCUGUAUAUAAAUUGUGUUUGUGUCUUAAAGGCCUGUUUCAAAGAUAUCAAAAAUAAUCUGGAAGAUCUGCAAAAGUUCAUGGUGAACGAUAUCUCUAGUGUCUAUCAUGAACAAAGAAAUCCACUGACAGAACUCAAGGCUCUGAAGAAACAACAUUUGAUGGUCAGCAAUGUAGUACAAAUGCUGAACAUAAACUUUAGCUUGCAGCUUCUCGCUACCAUGUGCAUAACCUUCAAACAGAUCACUUUCUUCUUAUAUUUCCAUGUAGUGCAAUGGCAAAAUGGAAUAUCCUUUACUUUUGACACGCAGGUUAAUAGUGAUUAUUUUGUAUCGCAGGUAAUGUUUUAUAUUACAAGAAUGUCACUAAUAGUAUGGGCCUGUGAAACUGGCAAAAAUCAAGCCACAGAAAUCAGUACCACUGUUCAUGAUGUGCUUAACAUCACUAACAAUGAGCAAACAAAAUAUGAGUUGCAACUAUUUUCUCUGCAAAUACUUCACUGCAAUAAUAUCUUUUCUACGAAAAGCCUUAUUGUGGACGCAACACUUCUUACUGCGGUAAGUAAAUAAUAAUUCAUUUUAUUUAAUUAAACAUACUGUAUAAUUUAUAACUUUAAUUUUAGAUGAUAAAUACUAUCAUUACGUAUCUAUUAAUCUUAAUACAAUUCUUGGGUAUUUCGCAUUCUUGCGAUGAAAAGACUGCAAUCAAUGUUACAAAAGAAAUUUAAUUAAAAAAUAAUAUGUAAUUAAACAAAUAAAUAUACGUGUGUAAAUAUUGAAAACUUUAGUUAACAUAUUAAACAGUUUCUAAUUAAAAUUCAUUUAUUUGAUUUUUCUACUUCUGCAGAGAUAUACAUCUAAACAUACAUGACAAAUUUAUCACAAAUACAACUUUACGUUAAAUAAUUAAAUGCAUCGUUAAAAAUUUGAUAAAUAAAUUGGUAAAAAGUAUCACUUUUCAAAUUAAUUUCCUUCAACUAUGCAACGAUUAAAAAAAAUUUCCCAUUUUUUAAACACUAUAUUUGACGUCCGCCAUUUUGUAAAACGUUUGUUGUAACUCAAUUUUAGUUCUAUUGGUUUUAAGAGAAAGGUUUAAGCUUUAAUUUCAGCUUUGGUUAAUCUCAAUCCAAUAACUUUUUGCGGAGUUAUUGCUGUUGAAAGAUAUUAAAAAAUUUGAAAAAAAUUAAGUGGCUUGUUUUUUAUGCCGGUGUAUAUACAAAAGUAUAUGAAAACCUUGUAUCACAUAUACAUUAGCAAUCAACGAAAUUUUAAGAUUUUAUUUUAUUAUAUUAUUAAGUAUCAUGUAAUAAAUAAAUAAGAAAUGUGUUUAAAUUAAAUAUAUCAUACAAUCUGUCUUUCUAUUGUACUUACGUUAAAAGUAUAACAUAAUAAAAUAAUAAAUAUAUAAUAAUAAAAUUUCUUAAUUUAUAUAUUUCCGUUGUAUGUGUAAUUGUAUUUCAAAUGUCGUUUAUAAUAACAUGUACAUACGUAACUGUAUGAUAAUAAUUUAAUAAUACAAUAAAUAUAAAUUCAGUUAAACUUUUAUUUCAUCAAUACUAUUAUUACAUUAUCUCGAAGUAAAAAUUUAAUAAUAAAUUCAGAUUUUAGUAGUGUUUGAUUGUUAAAGUACCUUGACAAAUAUUUAAAUUUAAAUUAUAAAAAUAAAUUGCAACUUGUGUUAAUAAACACAUUAGUGUUAAUUUAAUAACUCUACGACUUUUAUUGUUACUUAAUUAUAAGGUAACUAUGUCAUAAUAUAAUUUAUAUAACUUUUUCAGUCAUAUCUUUCUUAUUGCGACAUUAAAUUAUUUUUUAUCACAUUAGAUUAACUUAACUAGACACUUAACAAAUAAAUUUUAAAUAUACUUAAAUUAAGUAUAGUAUCCAUUGUACCUAUUUAAUUGUCUUCACUUCAAGGUUACAAUGCAAUAAAAUAGUAAAUAUGUAGUAAGAUAAUAAUAAUUUUUUAAUUUAGAGAUAAAUAUUUUUGUUACAAAAAUAAAAUUAGUAUGAAUUUAAUAAUUGUUUAUAUUAUU